CCGCUUUCCGCAGUGCAACAAUAAAGUGCGACAGAUGCGGGUGUUUCUUGGCAGCGUUGUUCUUUUUAUGUGGUGGAAACUAUUGAAUUCCUCGACGCUUUCUUUUCCAGCGUCUUUUUAAGUUUUAGGAGAAGGAAUGGCAGAACACGCCCCCUCUGUUGCCCUUGAGGCUGUUCAUAAAACCACCAGUGACCUACCGAAGGACCUACCCAUGAUUAAAGGCUACGACUUCAACCAGGGUGUGAAUCUCCAUGCUGUGUUGCAGUCAUACCUCACCACGGGCUUCCAGGCCAGCAGCCUUGGCUUGGCCAUCCAGGAGAUCAACCACAUGAUCGAGAAGCGCCUCGAGCCAGUUCCAGCAGAAGAAAAUGAAUCUAAAGCGUCUGGCGAUGCGCCUCGCCGUCCAGGUUGCACCAUAUUCCUGGGAUACACUUCAAACCUCAUCAGCUCUGGAAUCAGGGAGAGCAUCCGAUACCUGGCAGAGCACAAAAUGGUGGAUGUGAUGGUGACCACAGCAGGUGGCAUCGAGGAGGACUUUAUUAAGUGUCUGGCUCACACCUACCUAGGAGAAUUCAGCCUACCUGGCAAGGAGCUUCGCUCGAGAGGUAUCAACAGGAUUGGAAACCUCCUCGUGCCAAAUGAUAACUACUGCAAAUUUGAAGACUGGCUCAUGCCCAUAUUGGACCAGAUGUUGUUGGAGCAGAACACAGAGGGCACACGUUGGACACCUUCUAAAAUGAUCCACCGCCUUGGCAAGGAGAUCAACAAUACGGAGUCAGUCUACUACUGGGCAUACAAGAACAACAUCCCAGUGUUCAGUCCCGCGCUGACAGACGGCUCUCUGGGUGACAUGUUAUACUUCCACUCCUAUAAGAACCCCGGCCUUGUGCUGGACAUCGUGGAAGAUAUUCGCAAAUUGAAUACCCAGGCGGUGCAGGCCUACAAAUCGGGAAUGAUCAUCCUGGGUGGCGGCUUGGUCAAGCAUCAUAUAGCCAACGCCAAUCUCAUGAGAAAUGGUGCCGAUUACAGUGUGUUUGUCAACACGGGCCAGGAGUUUGACGGCUCUGACUCUGGUGCUCGACCCGACGAGGCCGUGUCUUGGGGCAAGAUCAAAACCGAUGCCAAACCUGUCAAGGUGUACGCUGAUGCCUCCUUGGUGUUCCCUCUGAUUAUGGCCGAGACCUUUGCGCUCCACGCUGACAAGCUGACCGCCGGCAGGAAAACGGAGUGAAUGGACCGUUAGCAAACAGGCGCCCGGGACUUUGUCUUAUUAAAGACACCCGUCAAACACUUUCCUCCUGCUUAAGGCCAGGUAAACCUUUCACUACCGCAGCAUUCCCGCGCUGCCGUGUAGAAACGAGACCAUGUGGUGUUGCUUAGCUUGGACGCGGACAAUAUUUGCUCGUUUGAGCAAGUAGUUUUACUCGUAUUAAGAUGGCAGAAAAAACAAAAUCAUAUAUUGCAGCACGCAUCAGAGGCGCUUGGGAAUGGGGCAACUCAUUUUAAGUUUUUUAAACCUCCGUGGGGGCUUUUCUAUGUUAUCUAAAGCAUAAAAUCACAAUGCAAGAUUGUUGUAUUUUUCUGUCAUGGUUGAAAAGUAAAUUGGCCCAAUUCAGAAGACGUCAUGAGUCAUGCAUGCAAUUCUUUAUUUCGCACAAUUUGGAAUAGUUUUACAUGUAUGACUCAUAUUUAAAGAAUAUUUUUAUUUUGCUAUAUACUUCCACUGAGGUUUUUAUAGUCUUGGUGGUCUUGAGUAUUUGAUGGGAAGAUACAACAACUAUUUACCUAAUUAUGAUUACAUUUUGUGGAGGGAUAUGCAAAAUAGUUGGGAGGGAAAACAACUUUUAUUUUAUCAAUCAAUCAAAGUUUACUUAUACAGCCCUGGGCUGUUGGUGAGGCUACGGGUUUAUUUUUUUCUCUUUUAAUAUUAAGGCAUUUAUUUAUAUAUUGCAUGAAUCAUAAUGGGAAACUAUGUAGCAGCAUCGAUACUUUUGACUUUGGAUUUAAAGUGUUGGACGAAUUCUGCUAUUUUUCAACCUUUUAUCCGUUUUUUUCUUUUGGCAUAAAUUAAAACUUUCUGUUUUAACAAAAAAGGGGGGCUGGAAUUCACAACUUGGAGCACCUAUGCUCCCUUUGAAUGUUUACAUUUUCAUCCCCCAGACAUAAUACAGCUACUCUGAACUCCUUUUCCUCUCUCUUGCUCUUUGCAAACGACCACAUAAUCAAGUCAUGGUAAUGAUGACAUUUCCCAUCGUGAUAAAUCAGUCUGCUGUUGUGGCAGUAAUAUUUCCUGCCUCUAAUCACGUUUCCCGUAUCCUCAUGUUGUUUUCAUAACCUACUUAUAGUUUCACUUUACGUUAUUUUUUUUAAAUAAGGGGGAAUUAAAUGCUACGUUUACCGAAAACCUAAUUUUCCACAAUCCUGUGGUGAAUGUUUUUUAGCUUUUUUUUUGGAAACGAGGAGUGGAAUAGGAACUACGACACAGUCAACUUUCCCAAAACCUGAGCCCUAGAGUAAAUGCGGCACACACGCACAAUUUGGGUGUUUCUUUCCCACACAAAACGGCUUUUCCAGUCAAGUCAUUUCCUAUGGAUCGAGUGCACAUUUUUUCCCAAUGCAGUGAUGGUAGGUCAGAUAUGUUUAGCAAUGGAAUAUAAAUACAUUAGAGGAGGUCAGAAUUGCUUUGGAAACUCUCUUUGGGACAAUAUUCACAUUGGGGCGGCAGGCUCAGAGUGGCCGUCUUGUAACUGGACGGUUACUGGCUAGAUCCCGGUCAGGCGAGCUCAUGUUGAGGUGUCCUUAAACAAGACACAGAAUCCUAACUGCUUCUGAUGGGUCGUGGUUAGCGCCUUGCAUGGCAGCUUUCGCCAUCACUAUUCCACUAUUUUGUUGUUCUUAAUGUGCACUGACAAUAAAAAGCAUAUUCUUCUAUUCUA